GCACCCACUCAGCCUCGUUACAUAUAUUCGCAACCCUCGGAUCGGCAUUCCCUGCUUGUGAACAUAGCAGUACUCUGUGCCAGGGCCCGCUCUACGCUUUCCGGUGCCAUCCGCCUUCCUAUUUUACCUUACUUUCCCACUUGUUGGCGCGACGCCAUGGAGUCCUCUAGACAGUAUCAGAUACCUAGCACCCCGCGCGUGAUAUCCCCUUCGCCCACACCCUCGGAGGCGGGCAGCACAAGAGAUGGCUACUUUGGGCCAGUUACGCGCUCGUCGACGCGCAAACAGCGAGUUACGUCACCUCCGCAAAUUGACGAAGACUCGUCUGGCUCGGAUCCCGACAAGAGGGCGCGAGCCAAAAGUCGGAGUCCAGGAAGGCAGAGAAUCGCUAGCCUUACGAGCCGGAGACAGAUGAAUGGAAGCCUGAAGAAGGAACUCGCCUUGUCGGGGAACAUACCUAACGGCCACCUAUCCCCCGCGGCUGCGAACAAGAACUACUGGAGGGAGAUGAGCAGGAGUCCAAGUCCACUAGGCCUGAUUCCCAUCCACCAGAAGUGGCGGUCAUUUAUUCAUCGGCAUGAGAUACCCCGCAAGAUCCUACAUGUCUCCAUCGGCUUCCUCACCAUCGCCCUCUACUGCACGGGUACACAAACGUCGCAAAUACACAACGUCCUACUUACCAUGCUUAUCCCCAUCGCCCUGACCGAUGUCAUUCGGCACCGCUACUGGCAAGUGAAUCGCUUCUAUAUUGGCUGCCUCGGCGCAUUCAUGCGCGAAUCCGAAGUCGAAGGGUACAACGGAGUCAUCUCGUACCUCUUGGGUGCAUGGAUCGUGAUGCGCUUCUGUCCAAAAGACAUUGCCGUUAUGAGCAUCUUAUUGUUGAGUUGGUGCGACACUGCUGCUUCGACUUUCGGUAGGCUCUGGGGCCAUCUCACGCCCAGAGUCAGAAAGGGCAAGAGUCUGGCUGGGUCCAUCGCGGCGUGUGUGACUGGUGUCAUCACAGCGGCUGUCUGGUGGGGCUGGCUGGGUCCUUCAUACUCGGAGUACAACCAAGGCGAACACGCGUUCGCAUUUCAGGGCGCCCUCACGCUUCCCGCCCAGACGCGCGAGGCACUCAACCUGUCUCUGACCCAGUCCUCUGCUACAGGUUAUUGGGCUCUGGGUGCCAUGUCACUUGCAGCUGGCAUCAUUGCCAGUGUGAGUGAAGCGAUCGACGUCUUCGGCUGGGACGACAAUCUGACUAUUCCCGUGCUUUGCGGCGCUGGUCUAUGGGGGUUUUUGAAGGUAUUUGGGUGAUGGAAGUUUCCCGAUAUUUGUAUGAUCUCAUCAUGUAUUGUUAUUCUCUGCUCUUGUAAUCUACUUACGUCUCCCUGGGUCCAAUGAUACCCUAGACACAGGUGCUCAGGGAGCGGCAUCGAUUUGUAAUGGUCACGACGGCGUUUUAGGACAUAUUGGAUGCAGGAGAGACUGGGCGUAAGGUUACUGGCCGUCUUAGAUCAGCAUACCUACAAGUUAAUAGCGAUGAACUUACAGCCAUGGAACCACUCUGGUACAAUGGCGCUAUAGGGCUUAUCGAGUUUCAAGCCGAGGUCUAUAAUGUCACCUUGAUCA